UUUGACAACGACGCAUAUAUUUUCCAUUGAAUAUUUUGAUUGCGCGUACUUCGGUCGUAUAAUUUUGCUUCUACUGCUGAGAAAAAAACAAAAGUGAACGAUUUGUGUUAUUCUACCUGCCGCAGGAAGAUAUUACGGCAAGCCCUGAAAGAAAGUCAAUUAUAAAAAGGCACAGUAAGAUUGUUCCGAAGGUGCGAGAAGCAGUAACAAUUUGACCAAUGUGUAGGUGAAAGUUUCUUCCCGAGCAAACAGAAUAAAACACGUAAAUGAUGAAUUUGGAAUACCUGAUUAUCAUUUUAUCGACAGUCUACCUGCAGAGUAGCGUCCUGGCGGAAGAUUCGUCGGAAGAAAUUUAUUCUUCGGAAUCUUCCUCCGGUGAAGCGACGGAUGUUGAUUUUGAUCUGCUCAUCUUCACUCAGCGGUGGCCCAUUACGGCCUGCUACGAAUGGCGCGAGAAGAGUGCUAGUAACAUAUGUGGAUUACCUUCGCCGAAAAACGUCUGGACUAUCCACGGUAUCUGGCCUACCAAGCAGAAUACGAUCGGGCCAAGCUUCUGCAACAAAACGGCCAUAUUCAAUGUGACUGAACUAGAACCAAUUGAACAGCAGCUGGAACAGUUUUGGAUUAAUGUGGAGAAGAAUAAACCCUACGAUUCACUGUGGCGCCACGAAUGGCUUAAGCAUGGAACCUGUGCUGCAGCCGUACUAACUCAAUUGAACACUGAGAACAAAUAUUUCGGCCAGGGUCUUACCUGGCUUCAACAGCAUUCCAUGGCCGAUGUUUUAACCGAUGGUGGUAUAACACCGGGCACAAAUCGCACUGUCAUAGAAAUCCAUAAAGUACUCAUGGAUAAAUUGCAAAAAAACGCCGCCAUUGAAUGCUUUCACGAUAAAGAAACCAAACAGCAGUUUUUGAAUGAAAUUCGCAUUUGCUUCGACAAAAACCUCGAACUAGCAGAUUGUGAUGGAAUCUUAUUCGAAGAAGUCGCAAUCGAUUAUCCCAAUGGAAAAGUCAUUACCAAUUGUAACAUGAACAAACCAAUCAUGUACCCAGGAACCGUACCACUUUCCAGGUUCGACAAGACGCACAUGUCGCCGUACGAUCUGCACCGAAAAUUUUUAGAGGAAUAUAACCGCAAAAAGUCGGACAAAAGCAGAACUAUGAAGCUGCUGGUAAAUAUAUAUAAGUUGAUUCAAUUCCUGAAGUGGACAACAAUUUGAGAUUUUUCCAACUCGUUUAACUUUUUCUAUAACCCCUUUCUUUAGAACCCCAUCUCCCUUUCAAAGCUUUAUGGGGCUUUAUCAAAUUCCCUUCUUGACAGUAAGAAAAAAUCAUCAGAUUUUUUUUUUGUUUUGUGAUUUUAUUGCAUUUUAUACAAAAUUUACUAAAAGUUUUGAUUUGAUGUGCUCUAAUGGAAGCCAGAUUGAAAAUAAAUUAAGAUAUGCAAAAUCCUAUGUCCUGCUUGUGCACGAUACCUACAACAAAGCAGCACAUUUUGUACAGUUGAAGAAACUAAUGGAAUACACCCAUUUCGAUUCAAAAUUUUCACUGCGCUCUGCCUGUGCCACAGAAGCGGCAUAAAAUGAGAGCAGAAACCUACCCAAAGGUUUGCAGAAUCGGCAUUAUAUGUAAAUAGUUAAUUUUUAGAAGCAUAGAGCACGAUUGGCAUAAAUAAGUGAUAUCAAGCGUGAUACAGGUUCAUAGCAGUCAGAACAGAAGACAUCGCCGAACAACUUAAUUUGCGAUCAAUGGAUUUCUAGCCUGCGUUACGUCUGUUUCUCUUGAUUAUGCUAAAUCAUAAUCAAUCCGCUUGCGAGUACAUCAGAUAAGCAGACACUAACAAAACUUCAGAGCGUACUACGCGUUGUACUUAAGCUGAUCUCGUUACUUAUCAAAUGAUUAACAAAACAAACAAACAAGUUAAUACAAAACACAGUUCAAAAAUUAAUAGAUGAAUUGACUAUUUUUCGCAUUUUUUCAUGAUGCAUAAUUAUUUUACCACUAGCGUAAAUUAUUGAAACCGCAAUCCGUCUGUUUAUCUGAGCCGUUACAAUGCACUGAGGCAACAUUAAAUCAUUAAAUGCUUUCUUUCGACUGACAUUCGAACGUUACUUUUUGAAAAAAAAUUAAUAAAUAUUUGACAACCAA